UUUCCCGGGAUCUCUUUGCCCCUUUUGAUGCUUCGCGACUAUUCAAUUAUCGCAUCGCUCGAGCUCGAGAGCAAGCGCAAGCUCGUGCGCGCGACCGGCCGGACCGGCACUGCUCGCUCCGGCCGCGCCGAUCAUCAUAUACGGUGGCCGGCUAACAAUCUAGCAAGACAGUCCUUCUCCGGAAGUAGGAAAAUCAGUGCUAUAAUUUUCUUUAUUGUUCGAGGUAUUUAUAUCAAGAUGGUGGCAUUAUUUAGGAGGAGAUCUCGACUGUUGCUGAUGGGUGCAGUAGCGUGGAUUGUCGUCGUAAUUCUAUAUCUUCACAACAACGACGAUGGACAAAAAAAUUCACGAAAAGGGAGACUGAAAUUUGAUGCAGCGGACAUUCCUGCACAUUUAGGGGACAUUAACAAUGCUGAACACAUCCAUGAAAAGGACAAAUCGUGGAGUAUUUUUGAUGUAGCCACGUAUAUAGAGAAAACUAAAGUUCGCCCAGGUGGCGAUGCGUAUGUGAGAAAUAAAUUCAACCAAGUAGAGAGUGAUAAACUUGCCAUGGACAGAGAUGUUCCAGAUACAAGAAAUUCAUUAUGCAGAAAACUUUCAUGGGAUUCAGUUUUACCUGCUACAAGUGUCAUUAUAACAUUUCACAAUGAAGCUCGAUCAACGUUAGUAAGAACAGUUGUGAGUGUCCUGAGGAGGAGUCCGCCUCAUAUGAUCAAGGAAAUUAUCCUGGUGGACGAUUACAGUGAUGACCCCGAAGAUGGUCAGGAAUUACUCAAGAUUGAGAAGGUGAAACUCCUGAGGAAUGAAAAGAGACAAGGAUUGAUCCGAUCACGUGUGAGAGGAGCCGACCUGGCCACGGGAGAGAUCCUCACCUUCUUGGAUAGCCAUUGUGAGUGUAAUGAGCACUGGCUGGAGCCGCUGGUAGCAAGGGUAAACGAGGAUUACCGCGCCGUCGUCAGCCCGAUCAUAGAUGUCAUCAACAUGGACAACUUCCAUUACGUGGCUGCGUCUGCCGACCUGAAGGGGGGAUUUGACUGGAAUCUGGUCUUCAAGUGGGACUACAUGACCCAGGCGGAGAGAAACAGCAGGAGAGCCGAUCCCAUCGCUCCCAUCAGGUGA